AUGGCGCUGGAUUGGGAGUGCGGUAUCGUGAUAGGUGGGUAUCCCACUGCGUCAAACGCGUGUGGAUCAUCUGUCCGACGCAAAGGUUUUACGAGUUCUCAGGCUCGUGUGACACUUGCUAUGACAGGUCGAUUCCAAUCAAAAUCCCCAGCUCAAUGUAUCAUGGGUCGCGCCAAUUUUCCUGUGGAGAUCUUGGAGAACAUCGUGAACAUGGUUCACCACCAGUCUCACGAAGAAAAAGCAUCUACAACAACAAGAAAAUUGGAGCGGAUCUCACACUCUCUACAGGAAGGUUCAAAUUGUGAAGCAUACCUGGAUCACUAUAGCCCGCCAAUUCUUAAUACCUUUCAAAGUCUGGCCGCGGUGAAUAGAAGAUUUCACAGGCUUUGUCUCCCUGUGUUGUGGCAGCUAGUAAAAUCCUUUGAAUUCGAAAUAGAAGACUUGUUUAAAGAUGAAGAGCUUACAGAAGUUGAAAGAAGUGUUGAUGAUAACACAGAAGUUAAACCAUCCGACAGCACCCAAGAUGUGACAAGAAAUGGGAUUGGGCUGAUGAACAUUGAAAAGAUUUUCAAAUCUUGUUCUUGUUUAGAAUCAGUAGAAAUUGAUUUUCCAGAGGAUUUGUAUGACACAAAAUUGUUUUCUUCUUUCAUAUUCCGCUUGAAAGGUCUAUUUGGACUUAUCCCUCAACUUAAACAUUUGAAAGUAGGGGAUCUUGGAUAUGAGAGUCUUCCGAGGACAACUGUUGAUUAUCUUCUCAAGAAACUGCCGUCUCUUGCAUCAUUAGAACUGUAUUACUCUCGGUUUGGCGAAGUAGGAUCCACGGAAAAAUCCUUGGGAUGGAUCCUGGCCCAGCAUCAUAACCUUCGCCGAUUACGUCUUGAUGAUCUUGAUCUUGAAAUUUGCCGCGACUUGACUGCUAGCAUGGUCCAGAAACUACUCAGCGGGGCUGCUCCUUGUCUUACUAGAUUACAGGUCACAAUUGUGGAUUACUACGACGAAGAAGAUGUCGAUGGUCAGACUGAUCUCCCAGCUCUCGAACAGCUCAUCCUAGCUCAUCACUCAAGAAACUUUGAUCUAUUUGUAAGCUUUAAAGGCUGUAAAAAUAUACAAAUGAUCAAAUUAUGUCUUCCUGUCAAGAAGGAUCAAUGGAACUUGUUGAAGCAUUUUUUGUCAACACAUACAUGGCCUAAGCUCUCUGUUUUACAUCUUUGCAACUAUCAUCCUUACGUCCACGGGACCCGUGAUCACCGUCAUUGCAAGAAACUGACUAAGGACGACGUGGAUGAAAUUUGGAAUUCUUUCAAAAUCAAACUUGUGAUCAUUUGA